CCUGUGUCUCGCUUGCAGCAGCUGUGCGCCGGGUACCAGGCGAACCGUUACAGCAUGACUGUGCUCCCGUGCAUCCUCAUGCUCCUGUACGCUGACUCAUGCUUCUGUAUGGGCCCCUGGGUACUGAGGUGCCCCUACAUGCCAGAACAGAAAGACAUGCACCGUGUCUGGUGCAAGAGGACCUCUGCUGAUUGCUGCUCCGGUAUUGUCUUCAACAACACCACGUCCCAGCUGGAAAACGGUGCAGUCAUGGUGCACGAGGAUUCUGGGACCUUCAGCCUGAAAGUAUUGCGGCUCUCCCAGGGUGAGGGGGUCUACUGGUGUGGACUGCUGAAUCUUAAGAGUGACAUCAUCAAAUUGGCUGAGAUGGAGAUGCAGCGUGACCUUCUGAAUGAUGUGUGGUGGAUUCUCCGCUGGAUCCUGAUGGCAGUAUUACUUACAAUAACACCCACCAUGCACCUGUGCUUCAGGAUUAAGAAAAAAAGACAAAGUUAGAGAUGAGGCUAUCAAACUGGAAACACUGUCUGAUGCUUGACAGAGGGACUGAGAUGCCUCUUUACGACAGAAGCUGAACAGCUGUAAUAUUUGCCAUUUUGCCCAGUAAGAGAGAACCCAUUUAAAUUGUUGCAUUAAUUUUUUGAUACAAUAUUUUCAUGCUUGUCAGGUCAAAAUGCUUUUCAGAAUUAAAUAAAUAUAAUAAAUGUAAUAAAUAAAUGUACUAAAUAAAUCUACCGAGAAAAUUGUUUAUUUCUUCCAGCUUUUAUUUAAUUAUUAAAUUAUUUCUUACUGGUUUAGUUAAAUUAUUUGUUUAUAUAUUUAUUUUGAUACUGCCGUACAUGACAUGAAAAAAGCCUUGAAAUGUAAACUUUCACAGAUAAGACAUAGAGGUCUUAGUGAUUGUUUGAGUGCUUCCAAGCCUCUAGUGGCUGCAGUUUGCAGCAAUCGAACCAUGAGUCACAGGUGGAUGAGUGAAAGGAAAAAUUAGCUGUCCAGUAUUGCUUCACUAAGCAACUUUACAGGAUGGCCAUCUAGGGGCACCGUUCCCAAAAACUCUCAUUAGAAACUUAUAUAGUUGUACCCAUUCAGUUAGCAACUGUGCUUAAGGGAAACGUCUCCAAGGGUGAGUCACACUGCAAUCAGAUAUUCUCAUUUGUAGCCUGCUGCAUUGCAGAAGUUCCUCAAAGUUUGAAAAUACAUUUUCAUCAGAGUAGUACACAGAAAGAGUUGCCACCACUGCAGUCUCUUCUGACACCCUUUCAGUUUUCUCUCUGAAGUCUGUUAUAAGAUGGGCAGCAUCCAUUUCAUCUGCAGUAAUCAGUAUUUUUCAUUCCAAAUCUAGUAAGCUCUUCUGGGGGAUACAUUCCAAGACCUACCAUAGAUAGCUAAAACCAUGGAUAAUGGCAAACCAUCUGCGGACCCGUAUCAGGUUAACCAACUUCGGUCAGCUGGCUAGAGUGAGUUUUUCAAUUUGAGAGAACCCUGCACACACAUGCACAUGCAUUUACAUAUAGUUAACAGUUUUAUUACCUUAUAAAUAGUCUGUAGGGUUUGCAAACUGCCCCAGUAGCUAAUUUUAUGUUUACAAUGGAAUGACAUAAAUUUGCCCCUCCAUGAGUCGCCACCUUAUCAUGGUGGGGGGGUUUGUGUGCCUCCAUGAUCUUACUAGCUGUGUUGUCAGGGGCAAUUGCCCCUGGUAGGGUCUCCAAAGGCUAAUUGGUCCUAAGUGAGCAGCCAGACUAAUUGUGAUUCCGAGCACCCCGAUGAAAAUAAUACAAUGGACCAGGUUACAUCGCCAGGAUUGGAGAGACCAGGGUCUCACCCUGGAGCCAGGCCUGGGGUGGGGGGAGACUGAAGACAAGUGUCUGGUGGCUGGGCCAAUGAAGCUAGCUAUGGUUUGCAUUGCUAGCAGUAAGUCAGUCUCUUUCCUGGGGGUGUUGGACUAUGGCAUGGCUGCCUUACCAUUGAUUCUGUUCAUAAUCUUUAUUGACAGAAUUUUUAGGCAUGGUGAAGGGGCGGAGGGGGUCUGGUUCGGGCGGCCUCAGGAUUGUGUCUUAGCUUUUUGCAGAUGAUGUGGUUCUGCUGGCGUCACUGGGCUGUGACCUGCAGCUUGCACUGGGCAGGUUGCAACUGAGUGUGAGGCGGCUGGGAUGAGGAUCAUCUGACGUUUUAACCUAAAUCUCAAGAGAUGAUAGAGCAAUGAAAUUUGUCAUGUACUAAAGGAUGAUGGAGCAAAGACAAUCAUGCAUUGUAUACCCCACAAAGGACGAAGCAACGGCGAAAGCACAUUGAUACUAGGGAUAGCUGAAACCGCAGAUACUGAUGGACUGCUGUAUAUCCAGCGUGGCCAUGCUGGGCUAGACAGGAGUGAUCGAGUGAAAGUGACGCACCAAACAAAAAACCAGCAUUCACCAGAGCCCUCCCUCAAACCUUUGAUGGCUGAAUGUGACAGUGUGCAUUUCAAGGUUUAUUUCAUGUCAUGUAUGGAAUUAUUGAAAUCAAUCAAUCAGUUAAUUAAACCAGCACGAAAUAGCUCAAAUAAUUAAAAUCUGGAAGAAUAUAAAAUUUUCUCAAUAAAUUUAUUCAUGGUCAUAUGUCAUUGACGUUUAUGUAUUGCCACAUUACAGAGUAUGUUUUUAAAUUCAUACAUUUGUUUUAUUUAUGUUUAGUCCGAAUAAUCCCUCCAUAGUUACAAUCUUGUUAACAGUGUUUGAAACAAUGCACUUACCACUGAAUUAUGCUUGCAGCGCUGUUUCUUUAAUAUUUGUAUUUUCCAGCAGGGGGCAGUAAAUAUACAAUAAUUGCUACAUCCCUAUAAACAUUAAUCCUACAGCCAGUUUUAAUGACAUAAUUCUACAUUUUAAUGCUAUAUUUAGAGAGAAACUAACUGCUGUAAAUAAAAUAUGACAAAUUGUAUGAAUUUAUUCAGACUAAUUGUCACAUUCCAUCAAUGAAAGAGGCAGGAGCAGGUGUGAGGGUAAACCAAAUGGGGGGGGUUUAUUAAGGAAGGAGAACAGGGUUAACAAAACCUUACCAUGUCGGGUCAAAUACAAGACAAAACUGGCAGGUAGGGAAAUCACUAUAGCACACACUGGGGUGACAUCAAUGACCAAACUGGGGAGCACAGGACUGGGAGGCACUCUUAUACACCAUUGAUGAGGAGCAAAUGAGAGGCAUCUGGUGUGAAUCAUAUGAGGGCAGAAAUGAGAGGUAAGACAAAUUAGUAACAGGUGGGGCUCAUUAGCGCCACACUGGGGAAAGAACAAGGGGGCAGGAAUGCAGGGUGUGACACUAAUGCAUUUAAAUUUCAAUCAGCUCCCAAGUGGACCACCCGGCUAUACGCUCCUAUCUAUAAUAACAUACCCUGGACAGCCUCAGUUCAGGUAAAUCAUAUCCAUCAGAAACGCAAUGUUCAGAUCUCAAGUUGGGAGUGACCUUAAACAAUUGCCUGUCUAAACAAACAAAAUGAGCUUUUUAAUGUCCACGUCAGCUAUGAGAAAAGUUGGGCCUAUGUAACAUUUUGUGACCUUAAAAUAAACUAAAACAGUAUAUUGAC